AUGUUCGGCCAGAAAAGUCUCGUCGCGGGGCUGCUACUACUGCCCCUCCAGUCUCUAGCGCAGCUACAUACAUCAUCACGAUGGAUUCUAGAUACUAACAACGACCGCGUCAAACUGCGCUGCAUCAACUGGGCUGGACAUAUUGACCUCAGAAUUCCGGAAGGACUGAAUAAGCAGCCUAUUGAUACAAUUACUAGCUGGAUCGCCGAUAAUGGCUUCAAUUGUGUUCGGCUCACUUAUUCGAUUGACAUGGCUCUCGACCCUACACAGAGUGUUUCUGCUUCGUUUACCGCGGCCGGUAAAGCAUGGAAUGUCGAGUCCGAAAUAGCCGAUGCAUAUAAUGCAGCAGUCACGCAGAAUCCUUUCUUAGCCGAUGCAACUACACUAGAUGUGUUUGCUCAUGUAAUUGACAGCCUUGAUAGCAAAGGUGUCAUGACAAUCCUGGACAACCAUGUAUCUAGAGCUAGUUGGUGCUGUAAUCUCACCGAUGGCAAUGGAUGGUGGGAUACCGCAACUGGAUACAUCGCGUCGAAUAGUAGAUACUUCAACACAACUGAGUGGCUUUCGGGUCUCGAUGCAAUGGCAACGUUUGCACUAGAUCAUCCGGGUGUUGUGGGAAUGUCACUUCGAAAUGAGCUUCGCCCAUUCCCUAUACUUCAAGACCUCACACAUACCGAUUGGUACAAUUAUGUUUCUCAGGGGGCACUUGCAGUGCACAAUGCCAAUCCGGACGUUCUUGUCAUUAUUGGUGGGUCGCAGUCUGCUACUGACCUUUCCUUUAUCAAGGCCUCAAACCUUGACUUCUCUCAAUGGGCGGGCAAGCAUGUUUGGGAAUUUCACGCCUAUUCCUUCACAGUUACCUUUCCUGGUAACACCGAUUGCACGGUAGCCGAUGCGGAAUACGGAUUUUUCGAUGGGUUCUUACUUACUCAAAACGAGUCAUAUACGGCCCCUUUGAUACUUUCUGAAUUCGGUGUUGGUCAGACUGGUGGUUCAAACUAUGGACUUUCCGACAAGGACUACAAUUACCUUCAAUGUUUGGUUUCAUAUAUGGAGUCAAACGAUGCGGAAUGGAUAGUAUGGGCCGUUCAAGGGAGCUACUAUAUCCGUGACGGCAAUGUUGACUACGAUGAAACAUGGGGAUUGCUGAAUCAUGACUGGUCUGAUUGGAGAAAUAGUAACUUUUCAGGCUUGCUGGGUCAAAUGUGGAACGUGACACAGGGCCCGUAG